GAUGAUCAAAGUUAUUUGUUUGACUGUGGCUCUAGCUGUCAUUUUUCUGUUGACUUUUGCCAAUUCGGAGGAGUUUGACACCGAGCACACUUGGGUAGCUGGACAUCUAUCGCUGCCAUUUCCCAGAAACGCUGUACUGGGAGGCGUCUCAACCGAAGGCCAUUACGUAUACGUAGGACGCGUAAAGUAUUUUGGAGCUUUUCCAGUUCAGGUGAAGGCAGAAACGGGAGAGAUGACUUGGAACAACGGCACGUAUGCCUAUGAAGGCACGAAAAAUUAUGAGAUCUUGGUGUCGUCGGAUCACUACUCCUUCGAGUGGAUAAGCAGCCAUGAUGGCAAAUAUGAGCGGGGUUUAGUGGCUUCUGGAACCUCUAGUAUCAAUGAGCGGAUCUUCGUUUGUCGCGCGGUUACGCCGAGGGGUCAGCUUCCUGGAACCCUCAUUUUCAGCCUGAAGGGGUGCCGCGUGGCUGGAAGUACUGUCAAGUAUGACAAAUACGAGGUUCUAGUGGCUCGAUAAGCGUAUUAAAUUUAAUGUACAAAAGCUAACAAUUUAAAACACCAAAUAAAAACACCAGCAUUAUA